AUGAUAUAAGAGAAAAAAUAUUUUAACAAUCUAGAAGAAUUUUUAUAAUCCACAUUUUAAUCGCAUUAGAUUCUGCAUAUUGAACUGAGUAGGUAAUAAAUUAAAAAUAAAGGUGCUUCAGAUUUAGGUUUUGGAUUAUCAAACUGCACUAAUCUUUCAAAUUUGAUACUUGAUCUUAAUGAAAACGAAAUAGGUGCUUAAGGUGCAUCAAACUUAGGUUCUGGUUUAGGAAAGUGCGUUAAUCUCUCAAUUUUGACACUUCAUCUAUAACUUAAUUAAAUUGGUGAUAAAGGUGCAUAAGAAGUAGGUUCAUGUUUAGAAAAGUGUGUUAAUCUCUCAAAUUUGACACUUAAUCUAAAUAACAAUAAAAUUGGUGCUUAAGGUGCAUCAGACUUAAGUUUAGGUUUAGGAAAAUGUGCGAAUCUCUCAAAUUUGACAGUUAAUUUUGGUAACAAUAAAAUUGGUGCUUAAAGUGCAUCCGAAUUAAGUUCUGCUUUAGGAAAAUGCUCUAAUCUCUCAAAUUUGACACUUGAUUUUGGAGAAAGUUAAAUUGCUGAUAAAGGUGCAUCAGACUUAGGUUCUGGUUUAGAAAGGUGUGCUAAUCUCUCAAAUUUGACUCUUUAUCUUGGUAACAACUAAAUCGGUAAUAAAGGAGCAUUAAACUUAGGUUUUAGCCUAGAAAAGUGCCUUAAUCUCUCAAAUUUGACGCUUAAUCUUGGUAACAAUUAAAUUGGUGAUAAAGGUACAUAACACUUAGGUUCUUGUUUAGUAAAGUGUACUAAUUUAUCAAAUUUGACACUUGAUCUAACUUUUAAUAAAAUUGGUGCCUAAGGUAUAUCAGACUUAGGAUCUUGUUUAGGAAAGUGCACUAAUCUAUCAAAUUUGAUACUUCAUCUAUAAUAUAUUAAAAUUGGUGCUCAAGGUGCAUCAGAGUUAGGUUCUUGUUUAGGAAAGUGCAUUAAUCUCUCAAAUUUGACACUUAAUUUCAAAUUCAAUUAAAUUGGUGCUUUAGGUGCGUCAAACUUAGGUUCUGGUUUCAGAAAUUGCUCUAAUCUCUCAAAUUUUACACUUGAUCUUGAGUAUAAUAAAAUUGGUGCUUAAGGUGCAUCAGACUUAGGUUCUAGUUUAGGGGAGUGUGUUAAUCUCUAAAAUUUAAAACUUAAUCUAAUUAACAAUUAAAUUGGUGAUGAAGGUGUAUUAGACUUAAGUUCUGGUUUAGGAAAGUGUAUAUUUCUCAAAAAUUUGACACUUAAUUUAGGUCAUAAUAAAAUUGGUGCAACUGGUGUAUAAGGCUUAGGUUCUGCUUUAGAAAAUUGCACUAAUCUUUCAAUUUUGACACUUAAUCUUGAUCUAAAUUAAAUUGGUGACAAGAAUCCAUUAAGCUUAGGUUUUGGUUUAGGAAUGUGUACUAUUCUCUAAGAUUUGACACUUAAUCUAAAACUAAAUUCAAUUGGUUAUAAACGUGCAUAAGAUUUAGGUUUUAGUUUAGGAAGGUGCACCAAUCUCUAAAAUUUGACACUUGAUCUUGAGGAUAAUAAUAUAGAUGUCUAAGGCGCAUCAUACUUAGGUUCUGGUUUAAGAAAGUGCGUUAAUCUCAAAAAUUUGAAACUUAAUCUAAAUUAAAGCAAUUGGCUAAUUAGCCUUAGGCUAUAAUUUAGGAAAGUGUGCUAAUCUCUCAAAUUUUACACUUAAUCUUGA